GGAUGCUGAAGAGAUGAGCGCGGCGGUGACCUCUCCGCCCACGACCUUCCCAGUUGAGGUGACCAGCAGCGAGGUGCUGAGUUGGAUGACAGAGACGGCCCUGAGGGUGGGCGUCGCGGGCGUGGUGGGCGGAGACCAGGAUCUGCUGCUACAGCAGCAGCAGCAGCAGCAGGAGGAGGAGGGCGGCCAGCAGCAGCACCACACGCAGCUGGAGCGACGCAACAGCAGCGGACAGCAGGAAGGGGUCGAACAGCAACAUUGGAAUAGGUUGGGGAUGUUGUUGUUGGUGUCGACCCUGGCGGCGCUGGGCACUUUGGGCAACAUCUUCGCUAUCGCCGCUGUCAUGACGGAAGACCAUCUCAAGAAGAAAGGGAACGUGCUGGUGGUGAACGUGAUGCUGGCGGGACUGGUGGUGAGCGUGGGCGUGCUGCCGUCAUGGGUGGUGUCGCUGCUGGCCGGCUGGGCCCACCCCACACCCGUCUGCUGCGCCUCGUGGCUCCUCACCACCCUGGCCGCCCACGCCGCCCUCCUCACCCUCCCGUCCCUCGCCUGGGAGAACUCCGCCCGGGUGGCCGGCCGCAGCGUGGGCAUCGCCGCCCUCGCCGUCAUGGUGGGCGUGUCGUGGGUGGCCGCGGGGAUCAUCACCUUCACGCAGUGGGUGACGGGUCUGGCGCCCGUACACUGCACCCACCUGCCCUUCCCGCGCCCCACCGCCCACACGGCCUUCACCUCGGGCGUGGGCGUGGCCCUGGUGGUGGUGCCCCUGGUGAUCGCCCUCAGCAUACACCUGCACACGCUGCUGGCGGGGCGGGGUGGCAACCGCCGCCCAGUGCCGCCCACCAUGAAGCCGCCCCAGGCCCUGACGCGGGACCUGGCGCUCACCGGCACCAACCUGGUGGUGACGGCGGCCGCGGGCGGGUGCUGGGUGGCCGGCCUGGCCGGGGACUGGUGGGCCGACGACCCCCUCAGGACGGGCGUGGCAUGGCUGCCAAUAGUGGCCGCCACGGCCUCCAGCUUCAUCUACGCCGCCCACAAGCCCUUCCGCGAGGCCUACGUCCAGCUGUUCCACUACUGCUGCUGCAAGACCUCCGUCUCGCUCUCCCGCCGCGGGCGCAGCGGUGACGCAGCUGCGGCAGCGGCGGCGGCGGCUGCGGCAGCUGCGCGGCCGGCUAGCGACGUGCGGGUGCACAUCAUCCCGGGCUAUAACAUGUACACCACCGCGGCCGCCCGCGACCACCGGCCCCCCGCACAUGCGCACGUGAAGGCGCCGCGCAGUAAGGAGUCCAGACGCCCCAAGCACCACCACAAGAAGGAUGUGUACGAACUGUAGCUCCCGUGACUGUCUCCUCCGCCUCCUACCUCACUCUCCUACCUCCUGCUGCCUCCUGCGCCUCCCUCAUGCUGCCUCCGCCCACUCCCUCCCCACUAACCUGGCCUCACCCACGCUUGCUUGGCCCUGCUUCUGUACUACAUGCAGUUAUCCCAUGUCUCUCCUACCCCCGACAUCCACCGCCUAUCCUUCCCCCAACCUCUUCUGCCUAUCCCUUCCCCGACCUCCAGCACCUCUUCCUUCCCGACCUCCACCAACCCGUCUAUCCUCUAUCUCUGUCAUCCCUUCUUGCACCCGAUCCCAAAGGCUGUAGUCUGUUCUGUCGCCUCGAAGCCUAUCUAUACAAUGAUUAUCCAACUUGACAUUUCAACCAUUCAUGGUGUAACUAUGUAAGCCGCAAAGUAUUGAGUGUCAUUAUCAACUCAAAGUGAUCAAGAAUAAUUUGGAGGGAAAAAUUCCAAAAUAUUUAUUAUUGACCAAACGAAGAAGAACGAGCGCAUGCGCACAUUAGAAAACAAUGGCUUUUGUCGACCGAGUUUAUCAAAGAAAGUGCGUAAGUGGUGAAACUACAGCAUACUAGGCUCUGAAACCAGUUUUGAUCACAGAGCUCCACCAUGCAGGCUAUACUGUGCGCUCAACGGCUUUGCAACUGCAAAUAGUUAUUGGUGACGAUACUUAUUGGUAUCGUCACACGAAGCCAUUUGCAAGCUUAAGCGUCAAGUUCAGACUACAGCUGUUUCAGCAGCAGCAGCAUCAAGUUCCACUUUCGGGAUCACCGCUACUACACAACUUAUCUGUUCCAGACACGACAAGGAGGGGGGCUGAGGGACUUAAUAACAUGCAUCUCUGUUACACAUGCAACCAUGACAUGUCCAACUUCACCCCACAGUCAACCUUCACCUCACAGACAACCAUAAGCCAUCCACUUUCAUGCAACCUAUCACAUUCAUUCAAUAAGCCGCCACACAGCUUCUUGCAAUGAUUCAUCUCUACUCCGAAACUAAGCAUUCAUGAUUCAUCCACGAUUAGAGCACAACCUCCACAAAAAAAUCCUCCCCAAUCCACCACCAUUCAGCUUAGCACGAAUUAUCCAAGACCUGCACAUCAUCAUACCGUGAAUUAUCCGUGAUAUCCUGCACAAACUCAGCAGAUGACUUACCAAUAUUUACCAACACUAAACAUCGUCGUUAAUAUCCCACGGUCAAGACAAGUCAGAAAUUGAACCCCAAUCCACAAGGAGAUUUCUAACAUCUAGAAAAAAAUUGAAUGGCAAUUUCAUUGCCUGUGUUACCCGUCAAUCCAGCAUGUAAAAGUAUAGAAAAUAAAACAUAUCCAAGCCUAAAAUAAUAUGAUAAUGGAUUGAGGGUUAACUAAAGAAAAUCAUGGGCCUCGUUAAUAACUCAAUAUUCUGGUAUUAACGAUGUGGACGAUAUCGCCACAGGUGGGUAACUUAUCACUGAUGAUCAAGUGAUGGGUUAAGUAGUUGUCUCCUAUCUCUUAGGAGCUGUCAACAGAUCAAGUGAGAUGACUUAUGAGGAGAUGAUUAUACGCGCAGAGUAAGAAGAGGCUAUCAGAAUAGCCUCUCAACUGAAGCACUCUUGAAUAGCCUCUCAACCGAGGCACUCAGACUAGCCUCUCAACUGAAACAAACAGAAUAGCUUCUCAACUGAGGCACUCAGAAUACUAAAUCUUAACUAGAGGACAUUUCUUCGUCAGCACUGUGUGUAAAGUUUUAUAUAUGGAACGUGGAAUAUACAUAUAUAUAUAUCUAUCCAUAUUUUGAUGUAAACUCUGUAUUUCAGUAAUUCCUUCUUACAGAUGACACUAGCUUUGAAAUAUCCAGUUAUGUUAUGUCAUUAUAGAUGUAUAUGAUAUCAGAAUAUGAGAUCAUGUGGUGUGUUGUAUACAACAGAUAAUAAUCCAACACUUGCGUGUGUUUUAUAUAAGUGUAUGAACUUUUAAUGAACAUGUGAGUAAUAUAUUCAGAUAAUAUAGCUUGGUAAUGCAGGGAGGUAAUUUUGCGAUAUAAUAAUAUAGUUUGGUAAUUUAGCCAGAUAAUGUAGCCAGAUAACAGACAUAGCCUAAUACUAUAGUUAUAGACAGAUAAUCUGGGCAUAAGCAAAAUGUUUUACAUAUUCCAUUAGGGUAUUUAAUACAUGGACAUUGCAAUGGCUAUUUUAGUGAAGUGUGAUUCAAUUU